CAGUUAGUCUUCUUUGGUCAUCACAAGCAGUUUGUUUGGCUGAUUGUAGUCCCCGAAGACAUCGACAAAACGAGACCAAUUGUGGGCGAAACACCCCUUUCCUUCCACGCGCUCAACGUUUCGCCUCAUUUAUAUGUCGGCGGACACGAGUCAUACACAGGACACCCAUUCCUAACCUCUUAUCAUGGUUUCAAAGGUUGUAUUUAUGACAUUGAAAUCCGCGAUCACUUAAACGUCAACUUCAGGCAACUUUCUGACGAUUUUAUUAAUAAGUCUUCAAAUAUAGGGGUUUGUAAUAUAAUCGAUGACUGCCUUCACUAA